AUGACUCCUGUCAGGCAAGGGGGCAACCCCUACCUUUUUCCCUUGCAGUUUUUCUGCCUUUGCUUGCUACUUUCAGUAGCCCUGAGCAAAACAGUAAGAUAUAGCACUUUUGAGGAGGAUGUCCCAGGUACAGUUAUAGGUACGUUAGCUGAAGAUAUGCAUAUGAAAGCUUCCGGAGAAAUGAGUUUCCGCCUGAUGAAGCAGUUCAACAGUUCCCUGAUCCGGGUGAGAGAGUCUGACGGACAGCUGACCGUCGGGGAGAGCGGUAUUGACCGAGAGCAGUUAUGCCGGCAAUCUCCGCAGUGCAUCCUGGCUUUCGACGUGGUCAGCUACUCCCAGGAACAGUUCCGGCUGGUGCACGUGGAGGUGGAGGUGAGAGACAUCAAUGACCACUCGCCCCGCUUCCCCCGCUCCCAAAUCCCCGUGGAGGUGUCAGAGAGUGCAGCCGUGGGCACUCGUAUCCCCUUGGAGGUGGCGGUGGACGAGGACGUGGGUUCCAAUGCCCUCCAGAGCCUGCGCCUAGCCGAGCCACACAGCCCCUUUCGCGUGGAGCUGCAGACGCGGGCGGACGGCGCCAAAUGCGCUGACCUGGUGCUGCUUCAGGAGCUGGACCGUGAGAGCCAGGCUACUUACAGCCUAGAGCUGAUCGCCCAGGACGGGGGACGCCCCCCGCGCUCCGCCACAGCCGCCCUCAGCGUUCGGGUGCUGGACGCUAAUGACCACAGUCCAGCCUUCCCACAGGGAGCUGUCACCGAGGUGGAGCUUGCAGAGGACGCACCCGUUGGCUCCCUGCUACUUGACCUAGACGCCGCAGACCCGGACGAGGGUCCCAACGGCGAUGUAGUGUUCUCCUUCGGUAGCCGGACCCCGCCAGAGGCUCGGCGCCUCUUCCGUUUGGACCCGCGUUCAGGCCGCCUCACUCUAGCUGGGCCUGUGGACUAUGAGCGCAAGGAGACCUACGAACUGGACGUGAGGGCGCAAGACAGAGGCCCAGGACCUCGCUCUGCCACCUGCAAAGUCAUUGUGCGCAUCCGCGACGUGAAUGACAACGCGCCAGACAUCUCCAUCACCCCUCUGGCGGUAGCCACGGCCGCAGUCCACGACCCACCUAGUUCACACACCGCCGCCUCCUUCGCAGCCCCUGUCUCGGCCUCCUCUGCGGGACCUGGAGGCUCAGAGCCUGGGGUGGCCUCGAUUAUCCCGGAGGGGGCGGCGCGAGAGAGCCUCGUGGCUCUGGUCAGCACCUCGGACAGGGAUUCGGGAGCUAAUGGGCAAGUGAGAUGCGCCCUCUAUGGACAUGAGCACUUCCGAUUGCAGCCGGCCUACGCGGGCAGUUACCUGGUGGUGACAGCAGCACCGCUGGACCGGGAGCGCAUCGCUGAGUACAACCUGACCCUGGUGGCGGAGGACCGCGGUUCCCCUCCACUGCGCACUGUGAGACCCUACACGGUCCGCGUGGGAGAUGAGAACGACAACGCUCCGCUCUUCGCCCGCCCUAUCUAUGAAGUAUCUGUGCGAGAGAAUAAUCCUCCCGGCGCCUACCUUGCCACAGUAGCAGCCCGGGACCCAGACCUGGGUCGCAAUGGCAAGGUAACCUAUAGGUUAUUAGAGGCCGAGGUGGGUCGGGGAGGGGAGGCCGUGUCCACCUAUGUUUCAGUGGACCCCUCUACAGGCGCCAUCUACGCACUGAGGAGCUUCGACUACGAAGUGUUGCGCCAACUGGACGUGCGUAUACAGGCCAGCGAUGGUGGCUCCCCGCAACUUUCGAGCACCACGCUGGUGCAGGUGCGGGUUCUGGACCAGAACGACCACGCACCGGUUCUCGUUCAUCCCACACCGGCCAAUGGUUCCCUGGAGGUGGCGGUGCCAGGGCGCACUGCCCGGGAUACGGCUGUGGCGCGCGUGCAGGCUCGGGACGCAGAUGAGGGAGCCAACGGAGAGCUGACCUUCGCCCUGCUACAGCAGGAGCCGCGGGAGGCCUUCUCCAUAAGCCGCCGGUCAGGGGAGAUCGUGCUCACUGGGGACCUGUCCCAGGACCCUCCAGGUCGUGUGUUCCGGGGCCUGCUGACAGUAUCAGACUCUGGCCAUCCCCCGCUUUCCACUACAGCCACUGUAAGCUUCGUGGUGACGGCAGGAGGUGUUACUGGAUCAACCCUACCUGCAGCCGCCGGAGGACCCGAGCGCUCCCGUCCCCCAGGCUCUAGGCUCGGGGGCACGGGGUCACUACAAUGGGACACCCCGCUUAUCGUGAUCAUUGUGCUGGCGGGAAGCUGCACACUGCUGUUGGCUGCUAUCAUCACCAUCGCCACCACCUGUAACCGCCGCAAAAAGGAAGUGCGCAAAGGAGGGCCACGCAGGGAGGAGAGGACUGGGAGCGCCAGCGGGGGACCCUCGUCCCCGAGCUCUCCAGAAGACCGAAGUCCCGGGUCUAGGGCCAAUAUGUUCGACGUGCUCGCCUUCCCCACAGGCAGCGGUGGCGGCAAAGCGCCCUUCGGAGGCUCCACGCCGGAGAGCUCUCAGACCGUGGUCGCUGCCUCUGAAGUAUCAGGGACCGAGAGUAACGGCGGUGCCAGGGAAAACACCUGUCAUUACGAAGGGCAGAAGCGACUCCGGGGUGCACACGCUGAGCCAUACGGCUCUUCUCCGGGCUAUGGAAAAGAACCGGCGCCUCCUGUGGCCAUUUGGAAAGGUCACUCCUUUAACACCAUCUCCGGACGAGAAGCCGAGAAAUUUAGUGGCAAAGAUAGCGGCAAGGGGGACAGUGAUUUCAAUGACAGUGAUUCUGACAUCAGCGGAGACGCCCUGAAAAAGGAUCUCAUCAACCAUAUGCAGAGUGGAUUAUGGGCUUGUACAGCUGAGUGUAAGAUCCUAGGUCACUCAGACCGCUGCUGGAGCCCAUCCUGUGGUCGAACCAACACUCAUUCGUCCCCCCACCCAUCGGCUCAGCUAUCCACCUUCUGUAAGAGUACCUCCCUGCCUAGGGAUCCCCUUCGAAGAGACAACUACUACCAGGCUCAGCUACCUAAGACAGUAGGGCUACAGAGUGUCUAUGAAAAAGUAUUGCACAGAGACUAUGACAGGACAAUCACUUUGCUCUCCCCCCCUCGCCCAGGGAGACUCCCUGACCUGCAAGAGAUUGGGGUACCCCUUUACCAGUCCCCUCCUGCUAGGUACCUGCCCCCUCAGUCGGGGACCAAUGAAAAUGUUUAA